CCCACUGAAAACAACUCCUCCUCCCAUUCUCUUUUCCCCCACUAGUAUACAACAUAGAACUGUUACAGCAGCAGAGUUUUAUCACUCAUCAAAGUUUGGUACAAUUCUUUCAAGAUUUUCUUUAAAUGAGAGUGAAAGAGGAAAAGGGUGACUUAAUAAUUGUUUGGUUCUGAGGAAAAUUGAAGAAAAGUGUGUGUGUGAGAGAGGGGAUAUGUAUACAGGAGGAUUAGGAGGGCCUAUGCGAAAAUCAUUUAAGGAUUCUCUUAAAGUUCUUGAAGCUGAUAUUCAACAUGCUAAUACUCUUGCAUCUGACUUUUCCGGGGAGUAUGAUGGAGCUUGCUUACAGAUGCGAAUGUCCUACAGUCCUGCGGCACACAUCUUCCUCUUUUUAGUGCAAUGGACUGAUUGCCAUCUUGCUGGUGCCCUUGGCUUGUUGAGAAUUCUUAUUUACAAGGUAUACGUCGAUGGCACCACAACCAUGUCAACUCAUGAACGGAAAGCAAGCAUUAGGGAGUUCUAUGCUGUUAUUUAUCCCUCCUUACUUCAACUUGAAAGAGGUGUUACGGACUCAGAAGACAAAAAGCAAAAAGCAGUUUGUUUGGAGAGAUACAGGAGACGAGAUGAUGAGGAUUACAGACAAGCUUAUGAUUUGGACAUUGAAAGGGAAGAUGAAUGUGGAAUUUGCAUGGAAAUGAACAGCAAAAUUGUCCUUCCCAACUGCAAUCAUGUGAUGUGCUUGAAAUGCUAUCGCGAAUGGUAUGUUUCAUAUGCACUUUUUGAUACAUACUUGAGUAAGCUUCCAGUUAAGUAAAAACAAUAUAUGCCAUCAUGAAUUCAGUGACAAGAUCCUUACUCCGACCCUAGUACCCUAACAUAAAGAAGAAAAAAAAGGAUUUUCAUGGAGAAAAAGGACAUGCUUAUGGCAUUGAAGAGGCCAGAUAAUAAAGACAUGAGUCAAAUGUACAGGGGAAAUAUUUUUGCUUAUUUCGUUGGGUAAGCUUUGUUGUUUCUUGCUUCGGUUGUCUUUUUCUGGAAACAGUCAAUUUGGAAACAUCUGAUGCAUGGAAAAUGCAUGUGGCACAAGCGUGCUGCCACAUAUCUUGGGCAUAGAUAAAGCUAUCGUAUGUACAGAGUUCCACUUAUAUGAGCUUUUUCUUCCUUUCA